AAUAGACCCAUCAGCCAACUGUGUCCUCGUGUUACUGAUAUUAUUUUCUUUCAGUCUCCAGCUCCCCAUUGGGUGGCCGCACAGCCAGGGAGCACCUGAUUUGCAGACUACGAGAGCUGUCAGGCUCAGCAGACGCAUGGAGUAAAUAGAAUAUGCAUUCCCGACUAAAUAUAACUCUUGAGAUGUGUGCUGGGAGCAGCCUGGUGUCUCUGAUUCAAUGCUCUCAUUGUAGACACCAGGAAGAUUAGAACAGGGAUAUAUGAACUAUUUUUCCUCUUCUACAAAAGAACACCCCAAAAAACUCUGCAAGAAACCCGUACUCUGCAUUUUUGAGGGGUGGGUUCAACGAAAAUGCCAGCACAACAGCGUCGGGUCAGACCGCGGGACAGGAAUAAUGUUCUUGCUAGACCAGAAUUCAUGUCUCUCGGUCAGUCGUUGCCAAUGCUUCAGGAGAACCGAGGACCCAACAGAAAACAAAGUGGGCAAACUGGCAACUCUACUGAGGGGGCGAAGGAACGCCGGCAAAGCCAGCAGCUCCCGGAAGAGGACUGCAUGCAGUUGAACCCGUCUUUCAAAGGCAUAGCCUGGAACUCUCUCAUGGCUAUCGAUAUCGCCAUGUCCAAAAGGUUGGGUGUCUGUGCAAACAGUGGAUCUUCUUGGGGAAGUGCUCGUUCCAUGGUCAAGCUAAUUGGAAUAACCAGCCAUGGCUUCCCUUGGAUUGGGGGUACUAUUGUUUGUUUGUGGAAGAGUAACACAUUGGCGGGGCAAGAGGUCCUGACAAACCUGCUACUAGGUGAGUUUUGGUAUUGGUUUCCUUUGAUAUGCUCAGAUCACCUGAGUCAUUUAAAAUGGUCGAGUGUUAGCAAAAUCAAGCAUAGAUCACUGGAAGGAACUAGCCAGUUAGUCAAAGGGGAAACUGGAGUAAGCAUUUCUACACUGGCCCUGUUUGAUAUCGCCAACAUUUCUUCACUUCUUGUAAAAUUAACCCUUAUAGAUAUUUGUAACAGUAAGAUUGAUUAACUGUCUUCUUACAGAUCACUAGUAGACUGAGGAAAUAGAAUGUUGCAAGGUGACAUAAGUCCUUUUUUUCACUAAUCGGUUGCUAAGUUGCUAAAUUUUGGUGAAACUAAAAAAAAUUUACGUCAGCUUUAAAUCACGGUAGUCAUCUUUCUACAACUUGCUCCUUAGUGAACUAACAGGUUUUACAAUGUGCAUUUUUUGCCUAGUGUCAAGUCUAGAGGAUACUUUAGUUGUAUAUUUGUGUUAAACACUUAAAAUGAAAUAAUCCUUACUUAAUCCAUACUAAAGAUUUUACACUUCCUGUGUUUAACAGUGGCAGAAUUGGGUGUUUUUUAAAAAAAAAAGCAAUAAUUGCCGUAAAAUGAUAGCUGACUAGCAAAGUUCAUACCAAAGCAGCUUAGGUAAAACACAAUCUCCAGUUGCCAUUAAAAGAAUUCAUUGUUUCAGAGUUUGGUUGCAAUACACCAACAUUAGCUGUUUUUUAAUGUUCCAUUAAAUAAUUAUUAACAUCUAUUUAUAGGUAAGCAGCAUGUUUAUAAUAUCCAUUUUUUUACAAGAAUUAAAGGUGUUUGAAGACCCCAGAAGGCUGCCAUGUUUAGGCAUCCUUAAAUUGAAAGAUUCAGAGUACCUGAUACGACACUGGGGGCCAUAUAGCUCAUUAAUUAAAUUAAAAAACAGCCUAACUGCUUACUUGGUAGUAUCACAUGCCCUAUAGCUUUUUUGUGGAUUAUAUUAUUAUAACUUUGGUGUUUUGGUUUCAAAGCUAACAGUGGCACAGGAAGUGACAUCAUGCAGUGAUGUCACUUCCGAUGCGACAAUAUUUCUAUCCAGUCUCCCAUAGUUAUUAAUGUAACCCCAUUCUCCAUAUGUCUGAUAUGUGACUGGCUGAAAAACACAGGAAACAGUCUACAACAGUUGAGUUGGUAGAGGCAAGCCAUCAAUGGUCAAUAGGACCCCCUACCUUGUUAUAUAGUUACAUAGCUGAAAAGAGACCAUCAAGUUCAGCCUUGUUGAUAAGUUAUAGGUUUUUGAAUGUCUUUGGGAAACUCUAGGCAACAUAACAACUACAACAAGUUACUGUGGUCCCUUAAACAUCAUAUCGGGGAGCCCCCCCCUCUCUCUCUCUCUUUGUUUGACACUGGUAAACUGAGUGGCCUCUAUCCAUUUCAGGAAUACUCUAUGGGCAAGUCAAGUCUCUCUCCCACUAGGUCAAAGGUAGGCAACCUUCGACACUACAGAUGUUGUGUACUAUAUCGCCCAUAAUGCAUUUACUAUCAUAAUGGUGGCAAAGCAUCAGGGGAGAUGUAGUCCACAACAGCUGGAGUACCUAAGGUUGCCUACCCCUUAUUUACGUAACCAUUAAAAUAACAGUAUGCUAUAAUUUAAACUCAGAUUAUAUAAAAUAAAACAUUCAGAUAAAAAAUUUGAAACGUGACUAUUUUUUUUUACUUUUCACAUAUAGGAAACAUAUAUUUUACACAGAAUUCCGAGGCGCUUGUUACUUUAACCUCUGAGAAUGUUCUGAUUGGCUGAGAACUUGAGCAGCCAAUCAGAAAACCAUAUGUGAUUUUUAGCUAGGUCUGCCCUUUUUACUUUGUAUGCGUUACUUCCUGCUACCUUUCAUUAAUUUGCUUAUAUGUUUGCAUCAGUAAAACACUUUACAGGCAAAUUAAAGCGGAUUUAAACAUGCCUCAGUAUAUCAUUUUACACCAAAGCAAAUUAUAUUCAGGGAUUAAUGACACUUUAAAUUCCCAUUUUUUAAAAUCUGAACCUGUAAUCACAACAUAAAGUAUACUCACCCAGGACUCAGGUGUUUCCCCGGCGUGUUCUGUGUCCCUGGUUAUUUGGGUCACAACAGAUCAGGGGAUGGAUUAGGUGAUCCCUGACUGACGGCACCAUUCGGAGCUAUUUUUGGGGGUUGAACGACUAAUUUGCUGACACCCAGAAAUGUUCCCUUAGCUGAAUCACAACAGAUAAGCUCAGUAGAAGUGCCAGCACAAGGGUUAGAACAGUGUGUGUACCCAGCAGUAAAAAAAAACAACCUUCAUGGGAUAUGAUAUUCACAACAGACUCACUUACCCAUAUCAAUUUACUAUAAAUAUAUUCUAUAAACCAUUGUCUUUCAAAUAUCACUGCAGAUCAAAUAUUCUCAUUAAGAAUAAAAUCACAAAUCCAUUAUACAUUAAAUUCCGAUUUCCAUUUCUCAUCUUCAAGGUGCUAUACUGGCGUUUGUUAUACAUUCCCAGGCUCCGAUCCUAACACUGAUGUCUGGCAGGCUUCAGUGAAAUUGCUUUAAUUAAAGAAAAACACACUCUGCUCUUCUAUAUGGUUGUGCAUUGGGUGUCUCUCAUACAUUUAUAAAUAAUAAUGAUAAAGCUGUGAUCAUGUUUGAAAAAACACAUUUUAUUCCAAUUUCAAAAGUAUUGACCUACAGGAAGACAAGACUACCAUAGAGUUCUUACAUGAUUAAAGAGACUACCAUAGAGUUUCCUUAUUGGGUGGGCGUUGUUACCAGGUAACCAUAGGUAGUUAUUUCCCCCCCAAAAAAAUAUAUUUUUAUUUCCAAUCCGUAAAACAGAAAACACUGUACUUCACAAAACUUUGUGUGUAGAGUAUAUUUAGUAGAAUAAACAUGACAAUCUUGUCAUGAAUACAUGCAUGUCUUUAAAACUUUAUUUUCUACAUCUUUCCUUGAAAGCUUUGUUCCUGGACAUCCUGACAGUAGCUGGACUGCAGAAGCUGGUGAAGCGUCGUGGUCCAUACGAUAUGACCCCUGGGGUUCUGGACUAUCUGCUCCUCGAUGUCUAUGCUUUCCCUGCUGGACAUGCAAGUCGAGCCACAAUGGUAUCGAAGUUCUUCCUCAACCACUUGGUGCUUGCCAUUCCCAUACGCAUUUUGUUAGUUAUAUGGGCCUUCAUGGCCGGAUUAUCCCGUAUAAUGAUUGGCCGGCAUCACAUCAGUGAUGUUUUAGGAGGAUUUGUCAUUGGGUAUUUGCAGUUUAACUUGGUGGAGUUUAUUUGGCUUUCAUCGAACACUUGCCAGAUGAUAACCUCUCUAUGGUAACUCAGUAAAUGUAAGACAAGUGAAACUUAUCUAAAGAAUAAAUGCCAACUCAAUUUGUUUUUAAGCACACAACAAACCUUUCAGAAGCACUGAAUGAACCUUUUUUGGAUUCAUAGCAUAUUAGAAGAACUCAUAUUGAUAACUACUGGAUUGUCACAUUAAUGCAAAUUUGUCUGUAACAUUUGUAUUCACUAAGCUUUGGGAAGUACAACUUCAUGCAAACAAAUCAUAUCUUCUUAAGUAAAAAUCUCCACUCUGGUUCCAUUGAAGACUUAAGAUGCUGCAUUGAAAUUCGAAUAUCUUUUGAUUACUUUCAAUGUUUCAACAUGAAUGUUCAAUACACAAUGCAGUCAUUUAUAUUACACAAUCAAUACAAUGCUCUGUAUCAUCCACAAUAAUGAAGUUUCAUGCAUGCACGGCAUUAUCCAUCACAACAGUGACACAGAACAUGUUCACAUCAAUGCCAUAAUAAUCCAAGGAAUUCGUCUCAUAAUCAGAGGUGUUGUUAGGGGAUGACUUAAGGAGAUUCCUUUGGGUGGCAGAAAAUAAGGGGGAUUAGAGAGACAAGUAUUGAGAGAGACAGAACGGAGAUUAGGGAGAUCGGGUGAAGAUCAUGACUGGCUACGGGAGAUGGAAACGUACACACAAGAAAUCAGGAAAUACAGGGAAAAGAGGGCCACAAUGUUUGUAAUGGAAGAUAAGGGCUAGAGAAAAAUACAAUGGGUUAAAAUAGUGGAAAACAGAUAGGAUUAGGGGUGGUGGUGUACGGGAAAGGUGGUAUUGGGCCUUGGGUGCUGCCUUGAAAGAUUGGGAUCAUCGUGUUUAGCUUUGGGCUAAAAGCCUCAAAUGGAUUUGGAAUAUUGUAACUCCAAUGGUCAUAUCUGAGACUCUUAAUUGUGAUCAAUGUUCUAUGGAUUAUGCUUAUUUGCUUUUUGUAGCACUUGGUUUAUUUCUAGUGUGCCACAUCUAAAGUGGAGAUAAGAAAGCCAUAUACGAGUGGUAUCCCUAAUAAGAGUGGUAAACCAAAAAGCAAAUACCGGUAAGCAUAAUCCAUAAAUGUGAGUCUAGAAAAUCCAGAUCUGCAUGCAAAGCCCCUUCAAACUAAGAAUAAUUUCAUAGUAACAUAGAAUGUGACGGCAGAUAAGAACCAUUCGGCCCAUCUAGUCUGCCCAGUUUUCUAAAUACUCUCAUUAGUGCCUGACCUUAUAUUAUAGUUAUGAUAGCCUUAUGCCUAUCCCACGCGUGCUUAAACCCCUUUACUGUGUUAACCUCUACCACUUCAGCUGGAAGGCUAUUCCAUGCAUCCACUACCCUCUCAGUAAAAUAAUACUUCCUGAUAUUAUUUUUAAACCUUUGUCCCUCUAAUUUAAGACUAUGUCCUCUUGUUGCGGUAGUUUUUCUUCUUUUAAGUAUAGUCUCCUCCUUUACUGUGUUGAUUCCCUUUAUGUAUUUAAUUAUGGUCCGUGUUUGAUGAUCACAAUGAAACCAAAUAUGUAAUUAAUUACUUACCCUUACAGUGAAAAAGAUUCUAAUUGUAUGACUAGUGUCUGAGCUACCAAGGUGAGUUUAAAAUCAAAAGAAAAUAUUUCACAGCUCACCCAUCUGCCCCUUUAAUACUUUCCUUGACUGCCACCAGAUUUUGAAAUGGUCAAGACAACAUAAAAUACUGCAAGGAUGACUAUCCGAUGAUGGCAAGCAGAAGUUAUUUUAGUGAUCAAUGUCAAAAGGUUACCACGAUGCCUAUGUAUUGUAGUUUUUUUUUUUUCAAAAGUACAUUAUUUAUGCAGAGGCACAUGAAAUUGUUGCUUCAUGCAGGUGCCGAUGUUGUCAUAGUUGUCAUGUCAAUGUUCACCAGUUCAAAACAACAUUGUAUGGACUGCCUGUGAAAAUAUGAUGUUUACAAAUCCCCUACAUUUAACAAAUGUGUGCUUGUGAACUCUGAAAAAUAAAUUAAAAUGAAAUGUAGAGCUCUACACCACAUUUAGCUCUAUGCUUGAACUCAGUGUCUCCAUCCAGCAAGGAAAUCUCCUUAACUAUUUUUGGAGAGAUUUGAUUUUUGGAGAGAAUCCAGAGGAGCAGGAAAGAAAAGCAUAUUCUACUUGUUAUAAAAUUAGAAACAUAAAUAUUAAAUAUGAUAAUAAUAUCCUGCCCUUUAGUACAAAGAAAUAAUUUAUACUUUCUCAUGGGGUGGUGGGACAGGAGUCUCAGAUUGUGAUUGUACCACCAGAUCCAGAUCCUUUGGGAAGAUUGAGAUAGAAAAGCUUCACGAUCUUAGGUAUAGCUGAUCCUACACGUUUCACAUUUCAUUAGGCACCUUCUCAAAAAUACUAAUCAGCAAUGUACGAGAUGCGUAAGAUGAGUUCUGACUUAUAUCAUGCUACUUUUCUGUGUGACUCCCCAAAGGUUAACCGUGUUAUGUAUAUACAUGUACUUUUUGGUUGCAUUUGUGCACUGUUUCAUGUAUUAUUUUGCUAAUUUUAUAAAUAAUAAAAUGUCACAGAUGUGCAUAGUAAUUGCCCAAGAUGUGCCCAUGGAACAUCCUUAUGAAGUGCCAAAUUGUUGUCCUUCUCUCCCAAACAUAUGAGAUGGUCUGGGUUGAAUUGUUAUCUGGCGGGCCAAAUUGCCCUCCUUGUCUCCCACUAAGGUAUCAAAUAUUUGAUUUAGUGUGGAUUAGAUCAUUAUCUGGUUAAAGAUCAUGGAAAUCGGAUGCAUCUUGGCACAAGAAUGUUUAUCACUACAAUAAAAAAGUUAUAUUUUGUUUCUAAAUUUUCUAUAUUUUAAUAAUAUUAUAGUUUUUAAUUUAAAUAAAAUUCCAGCUAAGUUUAAUUUUUUUGAAUAAUAAUACCUAGCAUUCCGAGGCGCUUGUUACUUUAACCUCUGAGAAUGUUCUGAUUGGCUGAGAACUUGAGCAGCCAAUCAGAAAACCAUAUGUGAUUUUUAGCUAGGUCUGCCUUUUUUUGUUUACUGGGAUUUUUAAAACAGAAUUUAAAAAUUCCUGUGGGGUGUGCACUUGUAAAUAAAAUAAACUUCAAAUAAACUUGUAAAUAAGUCAUUUAUGCCCAAAUUUUUAAUCAGAACGGUAUGAACUUGAUCCAGCCCCGAAGGUCGUUGCUUUAACCUUUUUUUUAAUUCAAAUUAAGCAUAACUAGUUUUGAGAAGAUUACAUUAAAACAGCAAAUCAGGAUUAUAAUCUGUGGCAUAUGGAACACUACUGGGCAAUUUAAUUAUUUAUUUCCCACAAGCUGUUGCAUUUAUUUUGAAUGCAUAAUAUGACGUGAAGGCUAGGGAAUUUAUUUGCUAAACAGUCCGUUUUGGUGACCUACCAACUGAUGUGCAAAAUUUAGGCCAAAGUUCAGGAAAACACAUUGCGGGUAGAUUUUAAAAUUAUAUGUCAAAAAAAUAAGUAACCAUUUUUUGUUUGUUUUAUUUAAAAAAAAGACUUAUGAAGAAUCGACCACCAAACGUGCAAAAUUCAGGCCCAAAUUGUAUUUGGAAAAAAAUCUUCAACUCUAUAUUGUCAGUUUGGUUAAUUUUUUUUCCAAUCUUUUUUUUCUUUUACUUGCCCAUUUGAGAAGCUCUGUGGCGCAAAAAUAUGGUUUUCGGAAGGGAAUGUUCCUUCUUAGGGCUCAAUUUAGUCACCAAACAAUUAAAAAGCUUAUGGAUGCAUCUCUCUAAACUAAAGCGACCAAAAGAAAGACAUCUUGUUGCACAUCUGGAGUUAUAAAAAUAACUGGAAUGGAA